AAAUGUUUGCAUGAAGCUGUCCAGUCACGCUGUGGUGCUGAAAUGUUGCAUCCGUGCACCAGCACAUUUGGGUUUGGGUUCAUCUAGCCUGUAUCAUCCUACAGACGUAAAUGGGAUUAUUAUAACAUAAGGGAAUCUUUUUUUAAAACACAGAUGGGAAAUGAAGAGAUGCCGUGCAUCUGAAAAAGAUUUUUCCGGGAUAACCUGUCGAUUAAGCGCAAACAAAGUGGACCUGCAGGGCACAGACUUGAGAGGUAGCAGUAAUAUUGUCUUUCCUCUCACAAGCAUUUCAUGAAUCGCGUCUCUGCGAGUUUUAUAACUGUGUUCAGAGACACGCUUGUAGUUUGCAAAGCUGUAGCCUGGAUACAGCAGAGAGCGUCCUUGGUAUUUGCGAUUGUAAAGAGCUGGUGGAGGGGGGGUAAGACUGAUAAUUUGAAGACUUGCCAGAGGUACAUUGUCAAAUUCAAAAGGCAUUUCAAAGAACCACACCAUUCACUUUUUCAUUCUCUCUUCUUUUUUCUUCUUUCUCUGUCUUUUUUUCCUCCCUUUCUUUCUUUUCGCACGGUUGCAGACCGUUUGAAUCGACCAAUGGGCCUUCAAGUUAGAGACAUUGGAAUGUAAAUGAGCCCAGCGCGUGCUCCCGGCGCAGUGAAAGCUCGGGAUUGUUUAUUGAGCUCCCGGAGCCACGCGCCUGGCCCGGGGGAGUCGGUGUGCAGAAGAAUCACACAGCGGGGCGGGGCCUCGCGACGAAGCGUGCGUCUCAAAAAAGGGGUGGGUGGGGUGUGUGUUGGAGGCGCGUGUUGAAAAAGAGGAGUGCUGCCAAAGUUUGGGUCAGAUCGGCUCGUGGAGUAAGCAGUCAAGAGAGACUUGGACUAGAGUUAGCCACACGGUCCCCACGCGAAGGACACGAGAGCUGUACACUGCCAACUCUUCUCCUCCUGCCACAAGUUUCAGGCUGUCCCUCUUUGCGAGAUGGAAACCGCGACCAUCACCACCACGCAGACUGCAUUCACCUUUGGACUUAGCGAAAGACGCGCCAGCAUCAGCCUGCACGCCCCGGCCCAGGACUGCUCGGUGAGCGCUGUGCACCAGAACACCAACGUUGCCGGCUACCAAAGCAAAGCCAAGGUGCUGAAGAGACAGCGCUCCAGCUCUCCGGAGCUCCUGCGCUGCAAGCGUCGCCUGAGCUUCAACGGCCUCGGCUACUCCAUCCCCCAGCAGCAGCCUGUGGCCGUGGCCAGGCGGAACGAAAGAGAGAGGAACCGGGUCAAACAGGUCAACAUGGGCUUCCAGACUCUGCGUCAGCAUGUGCCAAACGGCGCCGCCAACAAGAAGAUGAGCAAAGUGGAGACGCUGAGGUCCGCGGUGGAGUACAUCAGAGCUUUACAGCAACUUCUAGACGAACACGACGCGGUGUCGGCUGCUUUCCAGUGUGGACUGCCAUCCCCGACACUCUCCAAUAGCUACUCUGCCGACCCGGAGUCGCCUCACUCCACCUACUCAUCAGAUGAAGGUGGCUAUGAGCCUCUGAGCUCAGAGGAACAGGAGUUAUUGGACUUCACAACUUGGUUUGACAGGUACUGAGGCUGUCAUGUAAAUGAACCGCAUAGCAGCGUGUGCGCGCAAAAAAGAAGAAAAGCGUCUGACUUCUCCCAGAAAUGCUUCGAAAGACUCGAUAAAGGCAUCAGAUCUGUCUUGCUCUCUGUGCUUCCAAGUGAUCUGUUGCCUCCCUCACUCGGGCUGCUUCUGCAGGAGCAAAGCAAUAGUGACAAACAGGGAGAAUGAGUAUGAAUGCGUGAGAGAGGGAGCAUCUUGUUGCAUAGAGCGUAGUCCUCACAGGAAGGAGGGAAUUGGACACGUUGACGCGUGGAAGUAAAAAACUGUUUGAAUAAGUGCAAUUAAAAUGUGACACAGCAGACUCUGCAGGGACGGCGCUGUCCACAAGAUCUGUUCGUCAGUAGUUCAUCAGACCCGGACUGCCUUCCUCAGCUGCCACAUCUGUUGAAGAUGUACAACAUAAAAGAUGCGUCAACAGACUUUAUUUUUUUUCUUUUUUCGUGAUGUACAUGUCCUGUCCUUUCAUAACAAAGCUGUACCAUACAACAAACUGUUUUAACACGAAGACAUAUUUUUGUACAUACAGUCAAACAGUGUUGUAGCAGAACGUUCACUGCCACUUUUUUCUGACAGUGUUUUGACAACCAGCUGUCAGCGAGGCCGCGAGCUGGCAUGUAUGAGUUGUGUGACUGGGCAGCAACAUCAAGACUACUGCCUGUAGUUUAUUUGUGUGUGUAUGUCUUUUUUAAAAAUAGUUGUCAAGGAGACAUUUAUUAAUGUAUGCACUCUCAGCUUCCCGUAGCCUAAAAUGUAAAUAUUUGAUUUUAACAGAUAUAUUUUGUGUAAAACAAGUUUUAUAA